CCCCGAGUGAAUGGUAGAGUGCACUUUGCGACUCUCAGACUCGACUUCCCCGAAAAACGGAGCAUUUAAAAUAGCACAAGAGAGAUGAUCAUCAUUGGACGGCGAUGAUGAUGACGACAACGACGACAACGACGACGACGACGACGACGAAGACGACGACUGCGACUGCUCUGCUAAUGAAGAUGAUGUAAACGAAGCCAAGCAGCACACUCUCCUCUUUCUUUCCACUUUUGUGCACCGAAACGAAAGCGAAAUUUGAAAGCAAAAGAACAAACAAAUACCACCACUGCCACAUAAUAUUUCUCCGAAUUGAAAUCGAAACUGCAUUCUUUACACACACACAUAUACAUAUACACAUAUCUGGGCAAUCGCCAAACGAAUCGAAAUAUGAGAUUGUCGCGGUGCUUAUCGGUCAGUGGAGACCGCCUGCUACUCCUGCUGGCGGCAACACUAGCCAUCGCCCUGGUGCAAGCGGAGCGGGACUUUAACGUAAACGACUCUCAGGUGCCUGUCAUUGAGCCAAAGGAUGUGCCCGCCUACAAGCAGGAUCCCUAUGUGACAGAGCUGAUGGGAUGCCAGAACCAGCAGAACGAGAUUGAGCUCUCGCUGCUGUUGAAGAAGCACGACUGGAGCGAGUUGACGGCCACCAAGCGAGCCCAUGUUCAGGCGAAGCUGGCCAAGUUCUUUGCCAUACCCAAGGAGUUCAUUUCGUUGGACUCGGUGUCGAAGCGGGAGCUCAGGUCCAUGCACAAGCUGGCUAUGAGGAAGGGCGGCAAGGGGAACAAGAAUUUCGAGACUCUGAACCGUCGUUUGGGACGUUUCAUGAUCGGCUGUGGUCCAAGCUACUUUGUCAUGGGUGAACCGAUAGCCAAGCAGAUUGCCCACCAGGUCAAGGAUGGCACUAUUGGUGCUUUAACUGAGGAGAACUUUGGUCUGUGGUUUAUUUGGCGCAAGGAAUUAAAAUCCAGAUCCCAUCGCCGGCGACGUCAAUCGGAGGGUUCUGGAGCCGACGAUGAUGACUACGAGUAUGAAGAUGAGGGAGAGGAUGCUAUUGAGCCAAGCACGGAAGUUCCCGCGGUGACUACGCAUGCGCAUCGUCAUCAUCAUGGAGUGGUGGACCAAGAAUUAACUAAGAAACUCGCUGUGAAGCAGUGUAACAUGUGGGACACCAUUGAAGCUGAGUCUGAGGGCCCCGCACACUCUUCAGAUAUUCUUGCGCCAAAGAAGCGAUCAGUCUCCUGGAUAACAACCACUGCGGGUUGUCUAAAAAAAUUUAAGAAAUCUGAUGUUGGCAUUGGUGUGGAGCCCAAAACAGAAGUCGCAAAUAAAAUAUGGUCGGAAUUGCGUUACUUGCAGGAUGAGGAUUCCAGUAAAUCCGAGCUGGACCUGGAGGUAUCUCAUGAUACGUCCUCUAAAGCGGGACCUCUUGGGAGUAACAGUAACUCUGAUGAUGACCAAAAGACUGAUUUUUUUCUAUACACACAAUCUAAGACUGCCUGGCGGGUGCCAAUGGUACUUGAAAGAACAAUAAAAAAAUUUGUUUACUUUCCUAAAAAUAAGAACGCUCAAUCAACAAACCGUUUAUUUGUGACGGGAUCCAUUCAAAAGAUCGUCAUUUUCUACAACGAUGAGAAAUCCGCAACCAUAGAAGAGCUCACCGAUGGGCAUGACUGUGGAAUUAAAACUCAGGAAUCGACUAUCCAAUCCAUCAACGAUAAAGAAGCUGGAAUUGAGCCGGAUAAAGAAUAUAAAAUACCAAUUGAUGAUAAAGAGGCCUUGGAUUUGGCCUCUCCAUUCGCUAUUAACGAAGCUCCACUGGAAGAUCAACAAGAUGCGGAGACAAAAGCACUAUCGUCAUCGGAAGCCGAACCACAGCUAUUCAACGAGGAUCUUGGUUCCUGCACCCUGAAGGAUGAAAAGAUUUGCGACAUAAAAGUUCUACCAGAAGCACAGCAGGACUCAGAUGCAGAGUCUCUAAUCACUAUUGAAGAAGUUAAAGAAGAUCUGUCCCCAACUGAAACCGAACCACAUGCAUCGCCGGAAACAGUAGCAGUGACUGAGGAUGAUGAAAGUGCUAUGGAAGUCGACGAGGCUAACCGAUCAAUGCAGCACUGCCAGGAUUUCAAUGUAGAUCUACCUUACUGCCCCCCAGCGUUGAGCGUCUUUGAGAAUAGCCUGACGUGCAACGAUGUGCUGGCCGUGAUCAAAGGUGACAUAGAGCUCUAUGGCACUGUCGUGUUGACCCUGUUGGCUGGUCAGAUCACAGUGAACGGCUUCAGAGCCAAAAAACGUCAAAACUUGACCAUCUACUCCCCCAAGGGCAUCAAUUGGGUGAGCAUUUCUCCGAAAAAGCGUGCGAAACCAAUGCAAGAGAAGGUUGAAUGGGACAAAUUGUCUGAGAACUUUACGUGCGCACAAUUGGACAACCUUCAGGGGUGCUUCAAUAGUCAGGAUGAUGCCCUUGUGCUCUUGCAGAGGAACACCAAGGACCAGAACAUGCUCGAAACUUUAAAGCAGUACAUGAGCCAGAUUUUGUUCCCCCAGGUGAAUGGGGCUAAUGUGCCGCACUCGCAAAGCGAGAUGCUGCUCAACUGCUACAUCCAGAGCUCGGACAGAAAACGCACCCUUCAAGUACCUUAUGAGUGGACAAAGCUGAAGAUUCAGAAGACGAGCCGUCUGAUGGUAACCGGUGGGAAGGGUGUCGGCAAGUCCACCCUGCUGCGAUAUCUGCUCAAUCGGCAUUUGAACGCUUUUCCACGCCUACUGUUCAUUGAUUUGGACACUGGCCAGCCGGAGAUCUUUUUGCAGCAAACUGUCUCCUGCACUGUCAUUGAAGAGCCGCUUCUGGGGCCAGGAUUCCUACUGAACAAGCAGCCGGAUCGGGCUCACGUCGUGGGCGACACAAACAUCGUCAUGUGCCACGAGCAGUAUUUCGAGGCGGUGGUCCAGCUGAUGAGCCACAUCCAAAAUAAUCCCGAGUAUGCCAACAUGCCUUUUCUGAUCAACACGAUGGGCUACAACAGGGGAUUUGGCCUCGAGCUGAUGGCUCUGCUGGUGGACUACAUCAAGCCGACGGAUGUGGUGCAGAUCUCGAGUACUUUACCCAUGAACAACUUUAAGUCGCUACUCGACUGGUCGACCCUUUCAAAGGUCAAAGGUCCCUAUGUCUACAAAAAUACGGCGUUCAUGGUUGAGGGUAAAAACCAUAAGUACACGCUCCACGAGCUGCCCAGUGUUGUCCCACCUAGACAGCAGGGAGUCUGGCGAAUGAGUCCCAGGGAUAUGAGAUUCGCCAAUCUGUUGGUCCGCCUCAGCUCCUGCCUGAGGGGCAGUGCCAAGCACCUGACUGACUGCGAGCCCCUCAGCUCAUCUUUUGUGAAUAUUCAAGUCGUCCAUUCCACAGAGGAAGACCUUGAUAAGAGUAGCAUUAUCGCUGGAAUGGAAGCCAAUGUGGUUUACUUGGCCCAUCUGGAAGCUCAGGAUCUGCCCGUGUGCCUGGGCAUAGGUGUCGUCCGUGCCAUUGACUUUGAGAAAGAGAAGCUGUAUCUCGUGCCGGCCAUUCCUCUGGAGCGAACGUGCCAAGUGAAUUGCCUUAUAUCCUGUGGAGACAUCAGCCUUCCGCAAAAGUUCUUCACGGAGCCUGGGCCGCAGGUCGGCAGCAACAUGCCGUUCGUCUUUCAGCAGGACGACGCCGGCUGGCUGGCAAAGAGAAUCAAUCAGUUCUAUUCGCGCACGUCUUCCAUGAAAAAAGAUUAAUGCUAAACCAGCUACCUGUACUUUUAUGAAAAGUAAAAAUCCAAAUAAAGCUUUAUUGAUAUAGAGGCUAA